CCGGCCAUUCGGAUUGAGCUUUGUGCGCGGAAUCGAGGCCGCGGCUCGGCGGGACUUCGGGGGGAACGAGGCGAAAUUGUUUUUUUUGGCUGUUUUUUUUCCUCCCAACAAAAGCUCGCCGCGAUUCUGCGAAGCGUGCGGGCUCGCCGGAGCGAGCGGAGAGAUUGAAGCCGAGAAGGCAGACUCUCUCUCUCUCUCACAAUGAGGGGGAGAAGAGGAAGGCCGCCCAAACAAGCAGCAGCAGCAGCAGCGAUGCGGGACGGAUCGCCGGGGCCGGUGCGCGGCUCCCGGGGCGCCAGGAGCCGGGGACUGCGAGGCAGGGGACGCGGUAGGGGACGGGGCCGGGGCCGGGGAGGCGGCGGCGGCGGGGUCGGCGUCGGCUCCGCGGAGCUGGAUUCGGACGUCCCCGGCCGGGAUAACUUCCACCCGUGCAGGGGCCGCCGGAAAGUUGGAGCGGCGUCGCGGAGCCGAGGAGGCAGAGGCAGAGGCAGGGGCUCGAGAGGAGGACGCGGCGGCAGAGGCGGCGUGAGGCGGCCUCAGACCAAGGUGGUGUACGACGACAACAGCGACGAGGAGGAAAACCUGAGUUUCCGCUCGGAAGACGACGAGCUGCUGAACGAAAACCCGUCGUCGGAUCUGGAGGAGGAGGAGGAGGCCUUGGGAAACGACUCCGACUAUCUGGGAGAGCUACCGGAGGAGGACGAGGCGGACGAUGCCAGCUACUGCACGGAGAGCAGCUUUCGGAGCCAUAGCACGCACGGUAGCAACACAGGGCGGAGAAAGAGUCGGGUAUUGCGUCCCCGCUCUCCCAUCUUUGAGGCGAAGGAUGUUCCUCCUCUGGAGCUGCCCAAGUCCUCUGAGGACCUCCUGAUUCCUUCCUCACAGCUCCUCAAUGUGUCUGCCGUCUACGAGGUGCUUCGUAACUUUGGCUCUGUGCUUCGCCUUUCCCCGUUCCGCUUUGAGGACUUCUGCGCAGCUCUGGCAGGCCUGGAACAAUGUACACUGUUGGCCGAGACCCACAUCUCCCUCCUCAAAGCUAUUCUCAGAGAGGAAGACACCUCGAACACAACAUUUGGCCCCGCUGACCUCAAGGACUCGGUCAACUCCACUCUGUAUUUUAUUGACGGUAUGACCUGGCCAGAAGUGGUGCGGGCCUAUUGCGAGAGCGACCUUGAGUACCGGCACAUCCUGCCAUAUCAAGAGAGUGAGGAUUACCCAUAUGAACCAAUUGAAAGCAAAAUCAAAGUCCUCCAGUUCUUGGUGGACCAGUUCCUGGCAACAAACAUUGCACGGGAGGAGUUGAUGUCUGAAGGUGUGGUGGCCUACGAUGACCACUGCAGGGUGUGCCAUCGCCUAGGUGACCUGCUGUGCUGUGAGACGUGCUCAGCAGUGUACCACCUGGAGUGUGUAAAGCCACCUUUGCAGGAGGUGCCAGAGGACGAAUGGCAGUGUGAGGUGUGUGUAGCUCACAAGGUCCCAGGCGUUGUGGACUGCAUUCCAGAAGCCCAGAAGAGCCGCCCAUACAUACGUCAGCUGCCCAUCGGCUAUGACCGGCAUCGCCGCAAGUACUGGUUCCUGAAUCGCCGCAUUGUAAUAGAGGAGGAUGGUGAACAGGAGGACAAGGCCAUCUGGUACUACAGCACCAAGGUCCAAUUGGCUGAACUGAUAGACUGCCUGGAUAAGGAGUAUUGGGAGGUUGACCUGUACUUGGCGCUGGAGGAGAUGCGGGAGGAGGUACACACCCACAUGGAUAUCACAGAAGAUCUGACAAACAAGGCCCGGGGCAGCAACAAGUGCUUCCUCACUGCCGCCAAUGAGGAGAUCCUGGACCGUUUGCGGGCCAAGCAGGAGGAAGAGCUGGAGGAGGUGAAGAGACGGGCUGCCGAGGAGGCCCAGAAGGCGCGGCUGGAGAGGGAGAAGGGGGACGUGGACGUGGUGAAGGACGACAUCAACGGAGGCGCCAAGAAAGAAGAGGUUGUCCUGCAGGAGGUCACGGCCAAAGAUCCUCAGAAGGAGGUAAAAGAGGAGACCUGGGAGGGGAAUAAGGCUGCUUCACAGGAGGAAAGCAAGGAGGAGAACAGAACUGCAGCUGAAAAAGCAGCUUCCAACACUGUCUCGCCCAGUGGGGAGGGAGUCCCCAGCCUCAGCCAUCCCCUCCAGCCCAGUGAAGAGAACAGUAACAGCAGCAUGUGUACAGGGGGCCCUCCCAGGGGCCCUGAACCCCCAGAUCUUGCCGACAAGUCCUCCCAGUCAUCCCUGGCCAGCUUCGAUGACACAGUGGACGGUAAAGAGCCAGCCAAUGGUGAGACACCAGGGCCUUGUAGUAAGAAGUCUGCGGCCACGCGCAUGGUGACUAGGCUGAGGAAUCCUGAGAGCAAGCUCAGCCAGAUGAAGAGCCAACAGGUGGCUGCCGCUGUUCAUGAAGCCAAUAAGGGCUUCAAAGAGGGCAAAGAGGUACUAGUGGUGAAUGCACAGGGGGAUGUCACCCGCGUCAGCACGCGCAGCUCCAAAGAGGUGAUAAUGAAAGGAACCCUCAGUCACUUCUUUAAGCUGGGCCAGGAGGGCAAGUACCGUGUCUACCACAACCAGUACAGCUCCAACACCCUGGCCCUCAACAAACACCAGCAUCGAGAGGACCACGACAAGAAGCGGCACCUGUCCCACAAGUUCUGCAUGACACCAGCAGGGGAGUUUAAAUGGAACGGGUCCAUCCACGGUUCUAAAUUUCUGACCGUCUCCACGCUGAGACUUACCAUCAUCCAGCUGGAGAACAAUGUCCCAGCACCGUUCAUGCAUCCCAACUGGGCCUCACAUAGGACCAAUUGGAUUAAGGCGGUUCAGAUGUGCAGUAAAGCCAGGGAGUUUGCCCUGGCUCUCGCCAUUCUGGAGUGUGCCAUCAAACCUGUGGCUCUGCUGCCUGUGUGGAAGGAUGUGCUUGGACACACCAGGUUACACCGUAUGACAUCCAUGGAGCGUGAGGAGAAAGAGAAGGUGAGGAAGAGGGAGAAGAAGCUCGAGGAGGAGGAGACAAUGCAGCAAGCCACCUGGGUCAAAUAUACCUUCCCUAUCAAACACCAGGUGUGGAAGCAGAAAGGAGAGGAGUAUCGUGUAACGGGCUAUGGGGGCUGGAGUUGGAUCAGUAAGACCCAUGUGCAGCGGUUUGUCCCAAAACUGCCUGGCAACACCAACGCCAACUACCGCAAAGAACUGGAAGAUGCCAAACUCGGCAAAAAAUGUACUUUGCUGGACUUGAGUAGACGGCCAAGUGUUGCAGGAGGAGAAACUCAGGGAGAUUCAGGUGGUAGCACUGAGGAGGGAAAUGGAGACUGUUCUGCCACCUCCAAGCCCCACACAGAGUGCCCAUCAGAGGACAGGAUGGAGGAGGGACAGAAAGAAGAGGCGGCUGAGCAAGACAAGAUGGAGGAACUGUCAGCGGUUGACAAGAUUGAGGUGGACCCUACAGAGUCAGCAUCAAGUGAUGGAAAUGGGACCAACAUGCUGGAGGAUGAGGUCACCAUGAAAGAGGAGCACACCCAGGGCCCUCAGCGCCCCUUCAACUAUGAUGUAGUGGAUGUCAGUAAGGGCUUCCUCACCCGCAUCGCCUAUAAGAAAAAGGUAAAGACUUCCAAGCUGGACAGCCUGCUGGAUCGUCGCAUCAAGCAACACGCCCUGGAGCAGAAGCAGAGGCAGCAAGCCCUUGCCUCCAAACCCCAGCCUCCUACCCAGGAACUAGCCAUUUCAGCCCUAACCCCAUGCACUCCAGUCCGGCCACGGUCACCACUUCAGCCCCAGGUUCUAGCCCAGGCCCAACUCAUACCGGGUGUAGCAGCAAAUUCAGAGGAGAAACCUUGUACAACACAGACUCGUGAGCCAGAUGAGGUCAAAGAGGAGAAUCUGGCCGAACUUUCUCAAACUGCAGAAGAGACGGUUGCUUCUCCUCUUCACCCUCCUACUCCAGACUCCACACCCAAAGAUCCUACAGCUGGCUAUUCAUCUUCACCACAAAACCAAACCACCUCCUUUCCUCAAAACCAGGACACAGAUGCACAGGAACGGACUACAUGUGUACAAGAAACAGCAGAGCCAAUUUGCAGCUCUUCACAGCAACAAACAUCUUGCACAUCAUCAGACACUACCAAGGCUGAACAUAUUGAAAGUGCAGGGUCUGACAAAAGUACCUUAAAUUCAGACUGUCUAACAAAAGCCACAGGUACUCUUGAUCAGGAAGUGAGUCAGAAAGCAACUCCUCCUGAACCUGUUGUCCAAAGCUCAGAAACUUUAAGCAUGGGGCAUUCAGGCACAGAGGAGAACAGAAAGGUGCACCGAGAGAAUGUGCAAGGCAACGGACGAGGUAAAGCUGAGGGCAUUAGCUCUCUCACCGCCCAGACAUCUCCGAUUGUCCCUCAGAUAAAUGGGAAAGAUAGCUUGGAAGGUGAAGUCACAUUGACUCACUCUAUGGUGACUCCAAACCAUGCCCCUGUCACAGACAGUAACCAGACCAAGGUGAACAGCAUUGGCAAAGUUGAAGGAGAGGGUGUGGGUAUCUUGUUGAAGGACAACAAACAACUAAAGCCCCUAGUUAAUGGUGACAUGGCUCCUGUAAAGGACAAGACAGUGGUUGUGAACAAUGAACAAAGCCAGGCCCUUGGGGUUGAGCUAGAGAGUAAGGUUACAGUAACGAAUCAGAAUUAUCAGCCUCCUCUGAAGGUAGCCAGGCUGGACAACAAUGUCGAAGCACUUGGGGCUAACUCUCGGAGCACUGUACAACAUAAAAGCACAUAUCCCGCUCAGUCCAAGGAGACCAAACCUAAUCCAGUUGUUAGGAUAAUCAGAAUGGCACCUUCACCAAUACCCUUGGUGGAAGAAUCACGUCUGAGUGACGACUUCACAGAGGAAAACGGAAACAGCGGGCCGACAGAAUCACUCAAGACCAUCAUCACACAGGUAUCAUCAACAACCACAACUACCACAACAACCGUUUUCACAGAGAAGAGGAUAGCCAAAGUACUGUCAAGUGCAUCUGGGGACACGACAAAACCCCUGGUGUCAACGACAGAGAGCAGUGCAGUAGCCACCUUCACUACCAUGACCAAAACCAGCGUAACCAAAGUCCAUUCGCCUACGCCGGACAGUCAGUCGGAGGACAGCCAGAGUGAGAUAAUGACACAAGAGCAUGGGACAGCACUCUCUGUUUCUCUGAGUAAGUCUGCCACUGACUCCAACAAUGGUAAAUCUUCAGUGUCAUCUGUAAAUGUUUCCUCUUCAUCAACGAAGGGUCGUGUCCACCUCCUCAAGUUCUCCCGCACCAAGAAGACGCGCUCAGACACUGCCCUGCCUUCCUACCGCAAGUUCAUCACCAAGAGCAACAGGAAGAGUAUUUUUGUGCUGCCAAAUGAUGACAUGAAAGUGCUUGCAAGGCGGGGCGGAUUUCGAGAGGUGGCCAUCUUUAGCUACAAUGCCAAGCCUUCCCAGGACAUCUGGCCCUACCCCUCACCCAGGCCCACAUUUGGUAUCACGUGGAGGUACCGUCUGCAGACAGUGAAGUCUCUGGCAGGUGUAAGUCUGAUGCUGAGGUUGCUGUGGGCCUGCCUCAGAUGGGACGACAUGGCUGUCAAGCCCUCUGCUGCUGUCGGCACAACACGCACAGCCCUAUCCCCACUCAUUGCUACAGAGACCUCGGACACGGAGAUCACCACCACAGAGAUCAUUAAGCGCCGGGACGUGGGACCCUACGGAAUCCGCUCAGAGUACUGCAUCCGCAAGAUCAUCUGCCCCCUGGGGGUUCCUGAAACUCCCAAAGAAACCCACACCCCCCAGAGGAAGGGGCUUCGCUCCAGCGCCCUGCGGCCCAAGAAGCCUGAGCCCACCAAACAGACCGGCCCGGUGGUGAUUGAGACCUGGGUGGCCGAGGAGGAGCUGGACCUCUGGGAGAUCCGAGCCUUCUCGGAAAGGGUAGAGAAGGAGAAGGCACAGGCUGCAGAGCAGUCCAAGAAACGUAUGGAACAGAAGCAGGGCUCAGCCAACACCACUCCAUCGGCGACCCCCAACACGCCAGCCUCCACCCCCAAAGUUAUUGUCAGCUCGUUGCCAGGCCAGGUCAGUCCUGGUACCAAGGUUGUGCUGACCACCAAGAUGGGCAACCCUGUCACAUUCCAGCAGAACAAGAACUUCCAGCAGUCCUUUGCUUCCUGGGUCAAGCAGGGCCAGACCACACAAGGACAAACAGGUACCGUCACCACCGUGGCUACAUCUGGCGGGCAGACCUUCCAGAUUACGGGAACCUCAAUGGGGAGCAAAGUUUUGACGGCGAAGCUGCCUUUGCCCGCCAACAGCAAGAUUGUCACAGUCAACGUGCCAACCACACAAGGAGGUGUGAUUCAACAGAAAGUAUUGGGUAUUAUUCCCUCCAGUACAGCAGGCAGUGCCCAAACCUACACCACAUUCCAGUCUCCCACCACUAACCUCAACAUCAGGCCCAACACGCCAGGCUCCCCACAGCAGGUCCUGACGACCGGAGGCCAGAUCCAUCCAGGGAUGACGGUGAUCCGAACCCCUCUCCAGCAGGCAGGAGCCCUGGGCAAGACCAUUCUCAGAACACCCCUCGUUGUCCAGCAAGGUCAGGGCGGACAACAGGUAGUGACCCAGCUCAUCCGAGGCCAGGCAGUUUCCACGGCCAUAUCGGGCACCGGCCCUGUUACGACUGGAACGGGCCAGCGGAUGUCCAGCCCCGCCACGCUGGCACAGACGCAGGGACAAACACCACCUGGCACACCACGGGCACAGCAGGGGCAGAGUCAGGUCAAACUCACCCUGGCACAGCUCACACAGCUAACACAGAAGCAGCAGGGUGCGUCGGGAGCGGAGCGACCGGCCAGUACCGGAGCGGCUAACAGCAGCAGUGGCACCGGCCAGCAGGGGCUUACGGUAAUGAUCCAGGGCCAGGGUCAGACCACCGGCCAGCUACAAAUCAUCCCUCAGGGAGUCACGGUCAUCCCCGGGCCUGGCCAGCAGCUCAUGCAGGCCGCGUUGCCCAAUGGCCAGUUCCAGCGCUUCCUCUUCACGCCCAUGGUUUCUGCCACCACACCCACAUUGACCACAGCCACAACCACUCCCAGCCAGCCUCCCCCUUCCACCUCCACCAAGACUCCAGCCCAGCCUGCCCAGCAGGCAGCUGCUCCCGUCCAAGCAGGGGCUGCCCCGCAGGCCGCCACCAGCACACCACCCGCUGCCACCCCGCAGGGCCAGUUACCCCCGCAGACGCAGGCCCACAUGCCCAUCCAAUCUCCCACCCCGCUCCAGGUUAAGACGCAGGGAGGCAGAGCCCAGCUGCAGCUUCAGCAGUCCUCCCAGCUCAUCAGUGUGCCUGGGCUUCAGCAGCAGGUACAGGUGUUGGCCCAGCUGCAGGCCCAACAGGGGGCAGGGGGAGGCUCUUUGCCGCAGCAGAUCAAACUCCAACUGCCUAUCCAGAUCCAGCAGCCUGGGGCCACCUCAGCUCAGGGAGGACAGAUGGGGAACGUGGUGACCAUCCAGACAGCGUCUGUCCAGGAGCAGCUCCAGAGGAUCCAGCAGCUCAGGGAGCAGCAGCAGCAGAAGAAGAGGCAGGCAGCCGAGGCCAAGAGGGAACAGGCUCUCAAUGCCGCCAGCCCAAGUGACAUCAUCCAGAAACAGGUGGUAAUGAAGCACAACGCUGUGAUCGAGCACCUGAAACAGAAGAAGACUCUGACCCCUGCAGAGAGAGAGGAGAACCAAAGGAUGAUCGCAUGCAACCAGGUGAUGAAGUACCUCCUGGACCGGAUAGACAAGGAGGAGAAGCAGGCGGCCAAGAGAAGGAAGAAGGAAGAGGUGGUGGAGCAGAAGAGGAGGACAGCCAAUGCCUCCAAGCUCUCCUCGCUCCUCUAUCGGCACAAGGAGAACCUCAAGACAGAGAUCCUGAAGAAACGGGCCCUGCUUGACAAGGAACUGCAGCUGGAAACGCAGGAGGAGCUGAAAAGGGACCUGCUGCGGCUCCGGAAAGAAAAGGAGAGGGCCCAGGCGGCUGCCCAGCAGGCUGCCCAAGCCCAGGCUGCCUCAGCAGCCCACAGUCAGCAGCAGAAGCAGCAGCUGCAGCACGGCCUGGCACACACUCAUGCUGCCUCCUCACAUCACCACAUCACCGCUGCCGCCGCCAUGACCGCCGCCUCCGCCGUUCAGAAGAGGAAACGGGAGGAGGAGCAGGAAAUGGCAUUGCCAAGCAAGUCCAAGAAGAAGAAGAUGAUCUCAACGACGAGCACCAAAGAGAGCAGGAAGGACACCAAGCUCUACUGCAUCUGCAAGACGCCCUACGACGAGACCAAGUUUUACAUUGGUUGCGACCUGUGCACCAACUGGUACCAUGGCGAAUGUGUGGGCAUCACAGAAAAGGAGGCCAAGAAAAUGGACGACUACAUCUGUGUCGAGUGUAAACGGACGCAAGAGGGGAACACGGAGGAACUUUACUGCAUCUGUCAGACGCCAUAUGACGAGUCACAGUUCUACAUCGGCUGUGACCGUUGCCAGAACUGGUACCACGGGCGCUGCGUAGGCAUCCUACAGAGUGAGGCCAACCACAUCGACGAGUACGUGUGCCCGCAGUGUCAGUCCACGGAGGAUGCCAUGACAGUUCUCACACCGCUCACUGACAAGGACUACGAGGGCCUACGGAGGACCUUACGCUCCCUCCAGGCACAUAAGAUGGCGUGGCCCUUCCUGGAGCCGGUGGAUACCAAUGACGCCCCCGACUACUACAGGGUUAUAAAGGAACCAAUGGACCUUUCUACCAUGGAGGAGAAGUUGCAGAAGCGUGAGUACAUCAAGCUAACAGAGUUUGUGGCGGACAUGACCAAAAUCUUCGACAACUGCCGCUACUACAACCCCAGCGACUCCCCUUUCUACCAGUGUGCAGAGGUCCUGGAGAACUUCUUUGUCCAGAAGCUCAAAGGCUUUAAAGCCAGCAGGUCACAUAACAACAAACUGCAGUCAGCAGCCUCUUAGGUCCCCGCUCAAAUUUAACUGCCAAAUAUCCUCUGAAUGAGUCACAAUCAGACAGCAUUUGAACCUGUCAACACAAACAGCCCUCUCCGGAGGAGAGCACAGUCCUUGUUGAAAUGCAACGCACACCGGUGCAAAAAAGAAAAGAAAAAAACAAAUAAAAAACAGCUCGACAAUAGAGGUGCUCGACUGGACAGGGCUCACAUCCUCCAGCGCCUCUGUCUGCAGUGGUUAAAGGAGAUGCUGAAUCACAAAGGCCCUUAUUUUAAUCCUCACACCCACUGUAAGACUGGAGCAGGGAGGCCGAAGACUCGACGUUCUGCCGUCUAAUCACAAACCGCCACCCUCAAACGGCACGCCCCUCCCUCUCUCCAGGUGAGAGGUUCCAGAGGGCGAAAGGAAAGCAGACGGCGGGCGACCCGCGGAGCUGGUUGUUUUUCUGUCCGGCUGCUUGGGCGUUCGAUGGCAUCCUGAAAAGAAAAAAAAAAUGGCAGCGGUGAACUCUGAAAAGGAGCUGUGUUCGUUCUGUAGCUGGUCAUGACUUUUGUGUAUGCUUAAAGGCCCAAGUUCUCACUUCAGUUUCAUACUUUAAUUUACAGACCGUCACAAAAUCUGCAUCUGGAGUUCUCAAUUUGCAAUUUUUUGUUGUGUGUUUUUUUUUUUGUUGUAAGAAAUCCACCUGAUGGCGUCUAGAAGGUCAUGAUGUCAGCCCACGUCUCCGUUUCAACUUCAUGCCCCCUCCCUCACUGUGCUGCUAAAUGCUCCAUUUGUAAUUAAAGCUACUGUAUUUUCUUAAAAAUGAAAAGGUGAAUAUUUUCUGUUGUAGUGCCAUCACC